AUGGUCCGAUUGCCGCGACAGCGUAUUGUCGAUAUGUAUAAAAACGCUAUGUCGCGCGUUCGUGUUUUAGAAGCAAAGGCAAACGAAGGUACUAUUUUCUCAUUGCGAUUUGCGAACUGCUCAUACAAAAAAUUAUAUUAGUAAAUUUUUAUUUACGUACUUGAUACGAAAAAGUGAUAUAACUUAUGGCUAUAAAAAUAAAAAAAUCUCAAUAGCAUAAAAAUUUAAAAAUAAUGUUUUUGUUGUUUCAACACAUUGACUGCAAAUUAAGGUUUUUUUCUCCAGACUGAGGGUAUUUACCUUUAAAAGGUAGGUCAAUACAAAUAUGAUUUUGGGAGUUCAUAUUCUAACACUAUGUAGUAGGUGUAACAAAAGGUGUGAAAAGAAAGAACGUACAGACCAAGAUUUUCGAGAAUUGGUAUUGCGUGAGAAGUGUUUACUAAGGAAACUGGCUAAUAAAGAACAAGAAAUACAAGAUUAUAUUGCACAAUUGUCGGCCUUGCGAAAUUCCAUUCAAAGUAAAUCAAUAUCUUCAUUGAAAUGUUCAUUGCAAGAUCCAGCUGUAAAUCUUUUAAUUCAAAGGUUACGGCAAGAUUUAAGUGCUACCAAAACUAGAUUAGAGGAAACUCAAAGUGAAUUAAAUGCUUGGAAAUUUACACCAGAUAGUAAUACUGGGAAAAGGUUAAUGGCUAAAUGUCGUUUAUUGUAUCAAGAGAAUGAAGAACUCGGUAAAGUAGUUAAUAGUGGACGUAUUGCUAAACUCGAAGGUGAGCUAGCAUUGCAGAAAAAUUUUGGCGAAGAAGUUAAAAAAUCACAAUUAGAAUUAGAUGAAUUUUUGCAAGACUUAGAUGAAGAUGUUGAAGGUAUGCAAAGCACAAUAUACUUUUUGCAAAAUGAACUUAAAAGAUGUAAAGAAUUGGUUCAAAAUACAGAAAGCAAAGAGUCCAAUUCAAAAACUAUUGUUAAUGGUAUUAAAAGUGAUAGUGAUAGUACGAUCAUCAUUAAUACACUUCCAAUAUCUAAAACAGAAACUCCAACUCUGUUGGAAGAGUCAAAACUUGAGAGUAAACCAAGUAAACCUGACAAAUCAAAAGAUCCUAAAAAUGCAAAUAUUAAUAAAAGUAAUCAACUUAAAGUAAAAAAAUCACGAUCACUACUAGCUGAAGGCACAGAUCAAAGUGGAAAAAUAAAUAAAACACACAAAAGCAAACACAAAUCCGAUUGUAGUAAAAGUGAAGAGAAACGUAAUAAGUCUGAGAAAAGGACCCAUAGUAAAGGUGAAGUUGUUCACAAAAAGUCAAAAAACGAUAGGCCCAAAAGUACUGAUGUUAAGACUCCCAUUUCAACAGUUAAUGGACUACCAAAUGGUUCAUAAAAAUUGUUCAAAUAUACUAAAUUUUAAUUUUUUUUUUUAAUCAUUGUUUAUUGAUUGAAUUAAGAUCCUUAUUGAAUUAUUUUGUAAUGUUACUUUUAUAUGUUUAGGUUUGAAUAAAAACUAAAUCUUUAAUGGACUA